CGCACAGAGUAUGGGAUGGCGGUCUUGCGCUCAGCACAGUCCAUGCAUUCAGCCAUUGCUGCCAUGCAACGCUUCUAUGGCCUUAAUGUCACCGGGACACUGGAUAGGGACACCAUCAGCUGGAUGAAGAGGCCCCGGUGUGGCGUCCCGGACCAGCUUAAGGAUGCGCCCGGCUCCAGCUCUCGGCCUCGCAAGAGGCGCUACGCCCUCACAGGCCAGAGGUGGCAGCGCACUCACAUCACCUACAGUCUAAAGAACUUCACCCCAAAGGUGGGUAACCAGGAGACCCACGCUGCCAUACGCCGGGCGUUCGACGUGUGGCAGGGCGUGACGCCGCUGCGCUUCGAGGCCGUGCCGUACAGCGCGCUGGAGAGCGGUAAGCGAGAGGUGGACAUCACCAUCAUCUUCGCCUCAGGUUUCCAUGGUGACAGCUCCCCCUUUGACGGCGAGGGGGGUUUCCUGGCCCAUGCCUACUUUCCCGGCCCGGGCAUCGGUGGGGAUACCCACUUCGACUCGGACGAGCCCUGGACCCUCGGGAACCCUAACCAUGAUGGCAACGAUUUGUUCCUGGUGGCUGUACAUGAGCUGGGUCAUGCUCUGGGCCUGGAGCACUCCAAUGACCCCACAGCCAUCAUGGCGCCCUUCUACCAGUACAUGGACACUGACAGCUUCAAACUCCCACACGAUGACCUGCAAGGCAUUCAGAAAAUAUAUGGUCCUCCAGACAAGAACCCGCAGCCGACCAGGCUCCUGACAACAGCUGCUCCCCCUCGGCAACUGCCGCCCUCGGACCCCCGCAAACCGGACCGCCAGAGCCGACCGCACCGCCCACCGCAGAAGACCAAGACCACCAACCAGAACUCCAAGCCCAACAUCUGCGACGGUGGAUUCAACACUCUUGCCAUCCUGCGAAAAGAGUUGUUUGUGUUUAAGGACCAAUAUUUCUGGAGGGUGCGAGAUAAUUCUGUGGUGCCAGGGUACCCGAUGCAGAUCAGCUACUUCUGGAGGGGACUGCCUCCCAAGAUUGAUGCUGUCUAUGAGAACAGCGAAGGGAAAUUUGUGUUCUUCAAGGGCAAUCGGUUCUGGGUGUUCAAAGACACAACCUUGCAGCCUACGUAUCCUAAGGAUAUUUCUCUGUUUGGUACUGGGAUGCCCACUCAAAGCAUCGAGACGGCGGUGUGGUGGGAGGGCGCAGCUAAGACGUACUUCUUCAAGGGGGAUAGAUACUGGAGAUAUAAUGAGGAUUUGAGGACCAUGGACCCUGGUUACCCCAAGCCCAUUUCCGUCUGGAAGGGCAUCCCAGAAUCCCCUCAGGGAGCUUUCGUGGACAAAGCCAAUGGCUUCACGUACUUCUACAAGGGGAAGGAGUACUGGAAGUUCAACAACGAGCGGCUGCGCGUGGAGCCGGGCUACCCGCGCUCCAUCCUGCGGGACUUCAUGGGCUGCGACCACAUCCCCAUCGACCCCGAGCUGGACUGGGCGCCGCCGCCGCUGCCGCCCCAGCUGGAGGAGCACCACUACGACCCCGAGGACAUGGACAUCAUCGUCAAGCUGGAGAGCACGGGCGGCACCGAGAAGGCGGUGGCCAUCGCCAUCCCCUGCGUGCUGGCGCUGGCCAUGAUGGUGCUGCUCUUCACCGUCUUCCGCUUCAAGAGGAAGGACACGCAGCGCCACAUACUGUACUGCAAGCGCUCCAUGCAGGAGUGGGUGUGA